AUGCAUAACUUAAAUAAAUACAAUUCAAGCUAUGAAUUCACCCCAGCCAAUAUAAGCGUUCCACUUUCUUGUUUUUAUUCAAAUAUUAGCCGAUUAUAUUAUUUUUUAUUGAAAAUGUUAUUAUGGGGUUUAUUGGAAGUCCUAUGGCAUGAUAUUGCACUUGCGUCUGAUUUCAAACUUAAAAACUGAAUCUUCACCAAAAGCCUCUCUUUAGAUUUCACAAAUCCAGCGAUGGAAAAGCUUUUUCAAGAAGAGCUCAGAAAUCCGAUAAUUUCCUCAGACAAAAACCUUACUCUGUGAGCACUGUUUUCUGUAAUUUUUUGUGGAUUUUUGUAUUCUUUAUCUGGAAUAAUAAGUGCUGCUUCAUUUUUAUCACUCUUGCCCUUAUUUAUGUGGAACAGCUCAAAUAUUCAUCUCAGACGCUUUAUUGCAGAAUUCUUUUCUAUUCAGUUUCAAAUUGCAUUCAAAGAGUCAUGUUCUAUAGCUGAGAUAAUGGGAGGCUUUAUCCCUUGUUAUAUGUUAACUGCUAUGUGUUUUAAAAAAUGAAAGUACUCUCUUUUAUAUGGUAUUUUAGAAGGCGCAAUGGUGAUUUACUUUACUAAUACUAAGGUGUGUUAUGUAAUUUUUGCAAUUAUUGCUUGAACAGGAAUGGUUACUACCGUUGAAAUUAAUUUAAGAGGCUUAUGAAAUAAAUAUUCAAGCAGCAAAAAUCAAUUCACGGAAUUAAAUUAUGUAUUUAAUACUGCACAUAGUGCAUUGUUUCUUGUAGACAGAGACGGAAAUAUUAUGUCUCACAAUCAGCGUGCUUUGUGACUUGCUCAAACAAUGGGCAAAACAGAGGAUUCACUUUUGAAUACCAAAUUUUAUGAUGCUUUCGACGAUGACCAUCGACCGUGGGCAAAGGGAAUCGUACAAAGCAUUUUUAAAGGAGAAAAAAGAACUGAAGAGUAUCUGAUAACCAACCAAAUCUCAGACUUCAAGCCAGAGGAUAUCGAAAAUUUAGGUUUUAUUGUGAAGGCCGAUCUUGUUGGCUGGAACAAUGAAGCUACCAUGAGGAUUUCUUUUAUUGACAUUUCUGCAGCUGUUGCAAACAGAAUCUUCAUUUCUAAUAGUUAUAAAUACAUUCAGCUUUAUCUUGACAAGUUUUUCAAUGAAACAUUGGAAACCUAUGAAUCUGGCCACUUCGUCUGGGAAAACUUAAUUGUAAAAAUCAGCAAGCUACAAAAUGAGCUUAGAAGUAGCUUGCUUUAUCAGUCACUUCUUCUAAGCCGGAUUGAUAUCAAAAAUGAAAUUUUAAAUAUUUUUGUAGAGCUGCAUAAUGUUAUUGAGAUACUAUUUAAUUUGGCUGAAAAGAAGCGCAUUACAGUAUCAUUAAAAGGAUCAGCAGAUCUUCCAGAGAGUUUAUAUGGAGACAAAACAUUUCACAACUAUAUUUUGAAUUCGCUUUUGGCGUUUUUAAUUGAUAAAUGUGAGCUUGGUUCUGAACUGAAUAUUUCUUCUCAGAUUAGUAAUAUGAAAGACUAUGAGUUUUUAAUUCAAUAUAACUUUGAUUUUGUCUCUAAAGCAAUAACUCAAGAAAUGCUUGAUGAAAUUUUCCAAGUUAAAAUGCAAGGAUCAAAGCGAAAGUUCUUUAAUGAUUUCGUAAAAAUCUAUAAAAAAUAUGGGUGCGGACUUUUUAUGUUUGAUUCAAUGAUUUGCUCAAUGAGAGGCUACACAGAUUGUAGAAUGAAUUCCAUCACAAAAGAAGGCAAAAUAAGUAUAUUUCUUCCAUUUACCAUAACAGAAAAAGAAGCUGUCUGCAAUGUUCUUGAUUUAACUCAAAAGUCUAUUUCUCACUCCAAGUAUUUCUAUGAAUGAUUCCCAGCCAGCAGCAAUAAAUGUAAGUACAAUAAAUUUGAAUCAGAGAGCGAUAGCUCCUCUUCAGAGUCAAGUGAGCAGAUCCCAGACAAGGAUUCGAGCACUGAAGAGAUUCUUAAAAGUAGCAAACGUGUAAAAAAAAUGAGACAGUCUAAAACAUUUUCCAGUCAUAUAGAGCAGCUUCCAGAAUUUGAAAGGUUAGCCAUAAACCAUCAAAAACAGCAAAAGUCUUCAGUCUUUAGCAAUCCUGGAACUGACAUCAACUUUUUUGGGUAUAUGAAUAGCCCAGCUUAA